AUGAAGUUGAAGCAGCUACACAAGGGGCACGAACACCACAAAGACACAAUUUACCUGAAUAAUUUCUUGUUAGCUCACGAAUGGUACGAGGUUCUUGUGGCAGCCAACGAGAUGGAGGAAUUGACUCGUCUGGAACCCUUACAAGAACUGAGGAACGAAGUUAAUCUCGCUCGCACUGCUCCGAGAAAACCCAGACAUCCUGAGAUGACAGAAACGCGACGCGGUUACGAAAGGAACGACGUCGUCGAGCUUAUGAAACGACAAGACGAUACUACAGUGCACUAUUGGACAUGGAAAAAAGCCCUAUAG